UCAUAUUUAUUAUAUUAUUUAUAAUAGUAUUUUAUAAAUUAAAAUAAAACUUUAUAUUCAACACCUUUAAAUUAAAUAAUAAUCCCUUAAGAUUUCUAUAUAUACCUAUAAUCUAAGGGUAGUUGCUAACGUUUCUAUUUCUUUUUAAUCACCGAGCAAAUAAUAACAAACAAGAAUAAGUUAAUAUUUAGUUUCAAGCAAAUAUGGUGUUCUACUUUACUAGUAAUGUAGUUUCUCCAUCAGUAACGUUGUUUAUGGGGGCUGAUAAACAUGAAAACGAAGACCUUAUAAAAUGGGGAUGGCCAGAAGAUGUAUGGUUCCAUGUUGAUAAGGUGUCAUCUGCUCAUGUGUAUCUGCGACUAGCACCUGGUCAGACAAUAGAUGAUAUUCCAAAUUCAGUUCUUGAUGAUGCAUGUCAGCUAGUGAAGGCAAAUUCUAUAAAUGGAAAUAAAAUGAAUGAUAUAGACAUUGUAUAUACAAUGUGGUCCAAUUUGAAAAAGACAGCAGGAAUGGAGGUGGGACAAGUAGCAUUUCACAAAGAUAAAGAUGUGAGAAAAGUGAGAGUAGCAAAAAGAAGUAAUGAAAUUGUUAAUAGAUUAAAUAAAACUAAAAAAGAACAGUUUCCUGACUUGAGACAAGAGCGGGAAACUAGAGAUAGAUUAGAAAGAGAAGAUAAAAAGAAAUUGUUAAGAGAAAAGAAAGAUAAGGAAAAGGAAGAAGAGAAAAGAAAAAAGGAAGAAGCUGAACUAAGAAACUACUCCACAUUGAUGAAAAAAGAAAAUAUGACAACAAAUUAUGAUGGAAAUGAUUCUGAUGAAUUUAUGUGAAAGUGAGAAAUAAAAAUUGUUUACAUAUAAGUUGUUACCUGCUGUUUUAAUAUUAAUAGAUUUUAUGUAUGUAAACUUUGUGAUU